AAUAAUGACAGCAUGUAUCUGUUGUUUCAGAUGAUUCUCCGUUAAAGAUAUAUUUUAGCACUGGAAACAAAGUUAAAGCUAUGAAAUUUUCACCGUAUCUACUGUAAAGCCUGCCAAAAUAUUUGUUUAACUACCUGAAAUGUAUUUUUACUGUUGUUAGACCGUACGCCACAACUGUUUUAUCAUUUCUUAUGUAGAACUUGUCCUUCACACCUAAAGUCAAGCAUAGUAAUGCUGAGGGUUGAUGUGCAUUCUGGCUCGCAUAAGGACAGCCAAGACAAACAAGGAGUUCGUGUUCAGUGACAGUGACGCAAGAAACCUAUCUGCGGCGGAGUGUUUAGUUUCAGUGGGUGUGGAAAAUUACGACCCAGCCGGGCAUAAAUGUCCCAUCGACGAAGCCUGUAGAUUUGAUGCUAAGGAGAGAGAGCGAAGGCCCGGAGCUUGUGCGCUGCCUGCUGUGGACGCGGCGUAUGAUUUCGAGAUGCGUUUUAACGAGCGAGAGCUGAUUUCGUUAAGCCGCCAACCGUCCGACAAAGCGGCGGAGCUGGGAAUGAGGGGCCCCAAGAAAGGCGACGUUGUGAAGAAGCGGCUGGUUAAGCUAGUUGUAAAUUUCCUAUUCUAUUUUCGCACGGAUGAAGAGGAGCCUCUGGGAGCCCUGUUGCUGGAGGAGUGCCGCGUCGAGAGGGAGGACAGCCAGGCCUUCUCCAUCGCUUUCCUAGAUGAAGCGGAGAGGAAAUACCUGUUUGAGUGCGACUCCCAGGAGCAGUGCCUGGAGUGGAUAGACUCCAUCGUCAGGGCCAGCUACGAGUUCAUGAGGAAGAGCCUCAUCUUCUAUCGCACGGAGAUUCAUCGCAUGACGGGCAAGGACCCCCUGGAGCAGUAUGGGAUUUCAGACGAAACUCGAUUCCAGAUCAGCAGCACUACUCAGCCUGUAUCCAAGGAGAGUUAAACACGAGGCUCCCUCUUCCAGUCUAACCCUGCUUUCUUUGUUUUCCUUAAUCACACCCACCAGUUGUGGUUUGACAACAUAGCCUUAAAACUCAGACACAGGCCAAAUUACAAGCUACUGUACUUUUUUUUUCUAAUUUCUCUAUUAAGUGAACUGAGCGCUGAUUAGCACUGUGAUGCACAUUAAUUCAAUCAGAUACUGUACCAGCCUGCAUUCCUCAUCUGUCACUUAUGUGUGUUUGCACUCGGCUACAGUGUUGACUUUGUAUAUAUAUAUAUAUUUUUUUUUAUUAUCAUUUUCUGUUCUAUCUCAGUUCUAUUUUAUAAUCAGAGAUGCACUGAUCAUGAAUGGUGCGCUUGGUUGAUUUUUUUUUUUAAAUAUAUAUAUAUUAUUAUUUUUAUUUUUUUUACACUAGAGCCUUUAAUCUCUCACACCUUUUGGAUACAGCAAUCCUUUGGCACUCCUGGUCAGGGCAUUCUUGCAAAGCAUCUCGUGGUGGGAUUUUUUUUUUAUAUACAUUCAUAAAAUUAACAAGUUAUGUACGAGGAUUUGGAAAUAAAUCAUUUUAAUGCAAUACGAAGUAUACGUUUGAUACAUCUGUGAUGGACAAUUCUUCCAGCUUCUCAGCCAGGCUGGAACGUCGGCAAGCUGGGAAGAGACGUCUGUUUGAGGUCCCCAGAGCCAGCCAGUUUUUUCAUGUUAGUCCCUAACAAUUGAGUCUCUUAUUCAGCAUAGGAGUCUGGAAUGGGUUCAGUUUUGCAUUAUGGGAAAUGAAGUCAGUCUCGGGGUACCAUUUGCACCAGAUGCACUUUGUGACUCGCAAUAAUGUAUGGUUACUGGGUAUGUAAUGUUACUGAAGGUAAUUUGUGCUGAUAAUGUAGCUACGUUAACUCCAUGCCACUUGGAUUACCCAGAGUAAUUUACAUUUAAACUACUUACCCUUUAUCAUUAUUUACAAUUUGUGUUAUUUUAUUCACAGUUAGGGCUGUAUGAUGCUAUUACUGUUGGGCAGCACCAUUGCAUGAAGGGUUGUGGGUUCAGAUCCCACCUUCCCUCUGUGUCGCGUGGGAUUCUUCUGAGUAUUCCUCUUUCCUCCAGCGUGCGAGGUGAAUUUCUUAGGGUCAUCUCCGAAUUACCGAAUGUGUCUGCAGUCUGUGAUGGACUUGGAUGCCAGCCCCCAUGAGCUUCACCGGAGGAUAGAAGAUGGAUGGAUAUACUGCUUUUGCAGCAUGUGCACUGAACAAGUGUCCUGCUCGGUGCCAAGGGAGCAGGCCGUGGGUAAUGAACUCAGGUUCUUAAUUGCAGAUUAAAUGGCUAGAUUAACUGUGUACAUCUAUGGCUAUGGAAACAAGCCUAGCUAUUAAUCUGCUUGGGAAACAAAAAAAAAUGAAUGUAAUACUGACAUCUUCUGGUACCGUUAUGCAUGAUGUAGCAGUGAUUACCGAUGCCGUGCUGGAUUUAUGGAAAUCUCUCUGCGCCUGUGCAGUCAAGCAAUCCAGUUUAAACAUAUGGAUGUUAAACUCCACCCUUAACAUUCAUUCAUUCAUUCAUUUACAUUAUGAAAAACACUACUGCAAGCCCCAGAUAAUGUAUCAAAAUUGUAACAAUAAUUAUCAAGAUGUUUUUAUGGUGGCAGAAAUUAAAUGUUUCAGUUCUUUUCUGUCAUAACCAAAAUUUGGGUAAGAACUGUGGCUUUCUGCAAAUAAUUGUGCAACUUCCCAUAUGCAAAAUGUGUUGCAUCCUGUCUGAAUAUCUUACAUCAGCAUCAGUCCCAGUGAAACCAUUUGUCCUCAUAAUGAUGCCAUGGUGAUGAUGGUAACAGCAGUUUGAGUUGUAGUAUCAUUACCUGUAAACAAUAUUGCAGUUAAAGACAAGCUAACCAUCUGCUGUAGGUUAUGCAAGUAAAGAAGUGUGUUUGCUACAUGGAAAUAGGCUGUAAAACUUUUUUCCAUGAGCUGUAUUCCUGACCAUCAACAAGCAUCACACAAUCUUUACACUCCUAAGUGUUAAUGUGCAGUGUUUACUUGCUGCAGUCCUUAUCAGUUAUGAUGCUUUUCUGUGUCAUCACUGUAUAAUGUUCUCAGACCAAAUGCAUCGAGAAAACGUCCAUGUACAUGUCAGAACACUUUAAUAAAAAGUUUAUUCUGAUUUGCACCAUGAAA